AAGUGACAAGUAAAUAGGGACGGAGGUAGGAAUAAAUUAGAGCACCUCAAUGACAACAGCAUUUUCCCCCUACUUCGCUAUCUUGCCAGAACACUGCUGUUGCUUUCAAAUCGGCGCGUGACGGCGUCCCCUUCCUAAUCGGAACCCAACUAUUGUAGAUGUUUACCAGGCACUGACGAUUGACAUGGAAAACAAAGCGGCAACUUCGGAAGAAACAGCUUUUGAUGAGAUCAAGUCCUUCUUUGACUCAGCUCCUCCCCUUAAAGAUGGUGAUGGCAUUGUAAAAAAGCUGAAUGGGUUUCUCGAGAAAAAUUCUUUGCCAACAAGAAUCGGAAGUAAGAGGGUUGUCUGUGUCACAUCUGGUGGUACAACAGUUCCCUUGGAGCAACGUUGUGUUCGGUUUAUUGAUAACUUCAGUUCAGGCCAUAGAGGAUCAACAUCCACGGAAUAUUUUCUUAAGGCCGGAUAUUCCGUUAUUUUUCUUUAUCGGAGAGGAAGCUACCAACCCUAUUGCACGACUCUUCCAGAUGAUCCAUUGCUCGAGUGUUUUGAGAUAACCAAUGAAUCAGAUGUUCAAGUGCAUCCUUCACAUUCAGAUGCAGUAAAGAAGGCUAUUGGUGAGCACCAAGCGGCAGUCAAGGGGCAGAAUUUGUUGAAACUUCCUUACACCACCAUUUUCGAGUAUCUUCAGAUUUUACAGUUGAUUGCAACAUCAAUGAAGACUCUCGGUCCAUAUGCAAUGUACUAUCUUGCGGCUGCGGUAUCCGACUUUUAUGUUCCAUGGGAGAGUAUGGCAAUACAUAAAAUCCAGUCCGCAUCGGGCCCUCUGGAUAUGCGACUUGCUCAGGUGCCCAAGAUGCUUCUGGUUCUGCGGAAUGAUUGGGCUCCAAAGGCAUUCUUCAUAUCAUUCAAGUUGGAGACAGAUAUGGAUAUCCUUUUAAAGAAAGCUGGCAAUGCCCUUAGAAAGUAUAAAAUGCAUGCGGUUGUAGCGAAUGAGCUUUUAACACGCAAAGAGGAGGUUACUGUUGUUACCACUGAUGGAAACAUCUCAGUUCGUCGCGACAAGGCCAAGGGUGUAACCGAUGUGGAGAGGCCACUAAUUGAACUUCUUGUAGAGAAGCACUCAGCUCACAUUGAGGAUUCCAGAAAUCAACAAUAACAAUUUUGGCUGAGUUUCAAAAUUGUAAAUGCAGAAGUGUUUCUUGACAGGUAUCUGACGUGCAAGGUAGUGAUAAAUAUGAAUUUAUAUAAUUAAAUGUUUGAGCCCAGGCUGGUUUGAACUAUAUAUUUAUGGUUUAAACUUUGUCAGUUCAACUAUUGAAAAAUCCAAUAAGACAAGAUUCUUACUGUGAAAUGAUGGUAACAAGUUAUGAUA